CGCAAAGUUGACUACAAAAGAGUUGACUUGACCACAUAAUACAUAUGGCCGAGUCAUGGCCGUACUGAACUUCCAUUCCACGUUAUAUACAUAUUAUAUAUUAUAUAUUAACAAGUAAUUAAUAACUAGUUUAUUAUUCACAAAAUCACACCCUUCUUUCUUCCUCUGAUCUAUCAUCUUCCUCUUUCUCUCUCUGUAAUGGAGCAAAGAUCAUUGGAGAUCAACGUUAUAUCCGCCAAAGACCUCAAGGAUGUAAACAUCGUGACCAAGAUGGACGUAUACGUCGUCGUUUCACUCUCCGGCGACUCUCAAAACUAUCAAAAAUUCAAGACCAACGUGGACCGGGGCUCGGGCACCAAACCCACAUGGAACUUCCCCGUCAAAUUCACCAUUAACGACUCCGAGGCCCAAACCCUAGUCUUCACCCUCUUCUGCGACAGAGCCCUCGGCGACAAGCAAAUCGGCCAAGUCAACGUCUCGGUCAAAGAGCUUCUAGACUUCACAUCAUCAUCAUCAUCAUCCUCAUCCACACAGUUCGUAAGUUACCAGGUAAGAAAACCCUCCAGAAAACCCAAAGGCGAACUCCAUUUCUCCUACAAACUCAGCCCACAACUCGCGGGUAAACCCGGCGACGGCGACGGAGAUCCCGUCAAGUUAUAUCCGACGGUUGAGGUGGGACCAUCGGUGGCGACGCCUCCUUGGCCAGUUGUAGGGGGUUAUGUUCCGGUGCAACCGAGUGUAGGGUACGGAUCAGGAGUGUACUAUCCACAUCCAGCAGUGAGUUAUGGAGGGUACUACCCGCCGCAGCCCCCGCCUCAUCAUCCUCCUCCACCGGGUUAUGGGUACCCACCUCCGCCGCCACCGGGUUAUGGGUACCCGACUGGACCGGGUUAUGUGUACCCGUCAUAUCAGCAAGGUGUGGGCCCGAAGUACAGUAGUAAUAAUAACAAGUUUGGAAUGGGAUUAGGAGCUGGAUUAGCAGGGGGAACAAUUGGUGGGGUUUUGAUCGGAGAUAUGGUGUCUGAUAAUAAUGGUGGAUUUGGAGAUGGAGGUGGAUUUGCUUUUUGAUUUAAAUUAUUAAUUAAUGUUUUUUUUGGUUAAUUAAGGGUUUGGCAGGUUAAUUAAUUAAAAAUAGAUUCUGACUUUUUUGUGAAUCUAGAUGGAUUAAUUUUAAUUGUUCUCUUGUGUAUUUGGGAGUAAUGAAUAAAUAUGUACGCGACUGUGACAUCAUGUCUAGUUUGGUUUGGACAAUUAAUUAUGAAGAGUCCAAAUUGUGUAUGUAAAGUCUUCAUAUAGUACAAAAUUGGUUACAUGGAGAAGAAUUUUAUGUAUAAA